AUUGUUUGUUGAUUAUAUUUUUUUUUUCAUUGAACUCAGACUGAAACUUCUGAUUAUCUGACGAUGACUUCUCGGGUGGAGGAGGAAAGACGCCUCUUGGAAGAAGGACCUUUGGAGAAUGUAAGCGGAACAUCAUACACAAGUGAUGGGUCAGUUGACAUCAAUGGGAACCCAGCCCUGAAGUACAGUACUGGAAAUUGGAAAGCAUGCCCUUUCAUUCUAGGCACUGAAUUCUGUGAGCGUUUGGCCUACUAUGGAAUUGCAAAAAAUCUCAUCACUUAUCUCAGACACAAACUGCAGGAAGGAAAUGUUUAUGCAGCAAAAAAUGUCGCCACAUGGCAAGGCACUUGCUACAUCACACCCCUUAUUGGAGCCUUUUUGGCAGAUGCAUAUUGGGGAAGGUACUGGACAGUUGCGGUUUUCUCCACAGUUUACUUUAUUGGGAUGGUUACAUUGACUCUUUCAGCAUCAGUUCCUUCCUUUAAGCCUCCUGACUGUGUCGGAUCCAUUUGCCCGACAGCAACUCCAGCACAACAUGCUUUGUUCUUUUCUGGUCUGUAUCUACUUGCACUAGGGACUGGUGGUAUCAAACCUUGUGUCUCAUCCUUCGGGGCAGAUCAGUUUGAUGAUACUGAUUUGAUUGAGAGAGUAAAGAAGGGAUCUUUCUUCAAUUGGUUUUAUUUCUCUAUCAAUAUAGGUUCUCUCAUAUCAAGUAGUCUUAUUGUGUGGAUCCAAGACAAUGCUGGGUGGGGUAUAGGAUUUGCAAUUCCUACACUGUUUAUGGGAAUUGCAAUUGCCAGUUUCUUUUUGGGAACGCCUCUUUAUAGAUUUCAGAAGCCUAGAGGGAGCCCUAUAACGAGAGUUUGCCAAGUUUUGGUCGCAUCAUUCCGUAAGUGGAAUGUUGAGGUUCCCCGUGAUUGUAGUCUCCUGUACGAACUACCCGACAAGACCUCUUCAAUUGGAGGGACUCGGAAGUUGGAACAUAGUGAUGAAUUCAAGUGUCUGGAUAAAGCUGCUGUGGUGUCAGAUCACGAAGCUAAAAAUAAGGACUUCUCCAAUUCAUGGAGACUCUGCACCGUAACUCAGGUGGAAGAACUAAAGAUAGUGAUCCGCAUAUUCCCUGUCUGGGCUACUGUAAUCGUCUUUUCUACUAUUUACUCUCAAAUGUCUACAUUGUUCCUGGAACAGGGAAUGGUUAUGGAUGCAACUGUUGGUUCCUUCACAAUCCCUCCAGCAUCUUUGUCAACUGCUGAUGUAAUCAGUGUUAUUGUUUUGGUGCCUAUCUAUGACAGGAUCCUUGUCCCUAUUGCAAGGAAAUUCACAGGUAAAGAGAGAGGGUUCUCAUCAUUGCAAAGGAUAGGCAUUGGCCUCUUCAUAUCAACAUUAGCCAUGGUAGCAGCAGCCUUGGUAGAAAACAUGCGAUUGGAGGUUGCAAGGGCCCUUGAUUUAGUUGACCAUAAAGUUGCAGUACCCAUCAGCAUUUUCUGGCAGAUACCUCAGUAUUUCUUGGUGGGGACUGCAGAAGUAUUUACAAACAUUGGGCAUCUUGAAUUCUUCUAUGAUCAAUCGCCAGAUGCAAUGCGAAGUUUAUUUGUUGCCCUCUCACUUCUUACAGCCUCAUUGGGAAGUUAUCUAAACUCCCUGAUAUUGACCAUUGUCACAGCCCUAACAACUAAAGGUGGAAAGCCUGGUUGGGUACCUGACAAUUUGAACGAGGGGCACCUUGAUUACUACUUCUGGCUCCUGGCUGGUCUCAGUUUCUUGAACUUACUGGUUUAUGCCGUCUGCUCUGUGAGGUACAGAUACAAGAAGGUAUCUUAGGGGAUUCUCAGGACGAUGUUAUUCCCACUUGAUCCAUUUCUUGAGCAUGUUGUGGUGUAUCUGGUGUACAAAAUACUUGAAACUUCUGUCCAGGUAAAAUGUUUCAAAUGAUCCUUGACCCAUGGGAAAGAAGUCUUACAAAUUGUAUAAUAAUUUUCUGAUUGUGUUGUAUACUUGUAUGUGUAACAAAUAAAUGUUUCAGAUCUCAGAUGUUGUAUC